AGGAGGAGAGAGGAAACGGAGAGAGGGAAGGAGACUGAGGCUGUCUCCGGGAGGCGGGGGGGGAGCCGCGGGCCAGGGCCGGCAGGCCGGUCCGGCUGGCAGCGGGACAAGGUGAGGCCCGCCAGCGGGCGGCCCCGCUCCGCUCCGCCCCGCGGCGCUCCCCACCCGGCAGCCCCGCCGCCGCCGCCGCCCGGCUCCGGCCCGCCUCCCCCCAGCACCCCGCGAGGAACAGCUCCUUUGCAGUUUGCAGCACCGCAUUAAACAGGGAGAGCGAGGGAGAGAGGAGGGAGGGAAGCAGCCCGCAGCGCUGGGUUACGGAAAGCGGUAAAGGCGCUUCCAGGACAAACUGAAUCGUUUGCAAAAAAUAGCUCCUUCAGCAGGGUUAGGCGCUUUUUUGGUUUUGUUUUUUUUUUCUCUCUUUCCUUUAGUCUAGCAAACAGAAGUGCCCCUACCCCAGCGUACAGCCAACCUGUCGGCCUGAGGGGCACCCGAACCAGCCGAAGCAGAAUGUACCAGGGACACAUGCAGGCAGUAGGUGAAACCUUGAAGAAAAAGUGGCUCUGUCUUCACAAAAGUGACCUGACCUUUGCUUUGGGGAAAGGCGCCAGGGCGGCAGAUAAGGCUGUUGCCAUGGUGAUGAAGGAGAUUCCGAGGGAGGAGUCUGCAGAGGAAAAGCCCCUCCUUACUAUGGCAUCACAGGGGUGCAGAAGCCAAAAGGAAGCAGAAUCAAGUGAAAAACUGGUGAAUGAGCAACAAGAAAGCAGACCACUUCUGAGCCCCUCCAUUGAUGACUUUCUCUGUGAAACUAAACCAGAAGCUGUUGCAAGACCUGUAACAUCAAAUACUGCAGUAUUAUCAACAGGUCUGGAUCUCUUGGAUCUUAGUGAACCUGUCUUACAAAGCCAAAACAAAGCAAAGAAAUCAGAGAAUCCAUCAAGAAGUGAAGGCUUAAAAGCUUCAAUCCACAGAAAGAAGACAGACAAUUCUGACCUUAUAAGCGUGGAUAUUGAGCAGAAAGCCCAGACUGUCAGAGUUUCAGACAAGUCUUCACUAGAUUUAGUUGAUAUUCAGACACAGCUAGAGAAAUGGGAUGAUGUCAGUUUUCCUGGAGACAGGAGUAGCAAAGCCCACCCUUCUGCAGAGCGAACAUCAUCAUCAUCUAGAGCUCCAUCAAAAGAGCUUUUAUGGUCCACAGAAAACAGAUCACAGUCUGAGCUGACUAAUGUCAAGAGUGCCUUGGAAUCCGAUUCAACAUCAGAAUUAGAACUUGCAUCUGCAACACAGGCACGAUCAACUAAGGAGCAGCGCUGGGGAGGGCCUUUACUCUCCAGAAAUCACUCUUUGGAGGAGGAAUUUGAAAGAGCAAAGGCAGCUGUUGAGUCAGACACAGAGUUUUGGGAUAAAAUGCAAGCAGAAUGGGAAGAAAUGGCUCGCAGAAACUGGAUUUCAGAGAACCAGGAAGCACCAGGACAAGUCACCAUCUCAACCAUUGAGAAGGGUUAUUUUUUCCAUACUGAGAAUCCCUUUAAAGACUGGCCUGGUGCUUUUGAGGAAGGACUGAAAAAAAUGAAAGAAGGUGACCUGCCAGUUACAAUCUUAUACCUGGAAGCUGCUAUUCUACAAGAACCCAAUGAUGCAGAGGCGUGGCAGUUCCUGGGUAUAACACAAGCAGAGAAUGAAAAUGAGCCGGCAGCCAUUGUCGCCCUCCAAAGGUGCUUGGAACUACAGCCGAACAACCUAAAAGCUCUGAUGGCCCUGGCUGUAAGUUAUACUAACACUGGCCAUCAACAAGAAGCCUAUCAAGCUCUAAGAAACUGGAUAAAGCAAAAUCCAAAAUACAAGCAUAUAGCUAAAAGCAAAAAAGGGUCCCCAGCACUUACCAGGAGAAUGUCUAAGGCAUCAGACGAAAGCUCAUUACUUGAAGAAGUAAAGGAUUUGUAUCUGGAGGCUGCUCACCAGAAUGGCGAUAUGAUAGACCCUGACUUGCAGACAGGACUUGGAGUUCUUUUCCACCUGAAUGGAGAAUUUAACAGAGCAAUAGAUGCAUUUAGUGCUGCUUUAACUGUUCGACCAGAGGACUAUACAUUAUGGAACCGUCUUGGAGCAACCUUGGCAAAUGGGGAUCGAAGUGAAGAAGCUGUCGAAGCCUACACACGUGCUUUAGAAAUUCAACCUGGCUUCAUUAGGUCCAGAUACAAUUUAGGGAUAAGCUGCAUCAACCUAGGGGCAUACAGAGAGGCUGUCAGCAAUUUUCUCACUGCUCUCUGUUUACAAAGAAAGAGCAGAAAUCAACAACAGGUUCCCCAUCCUGCUCUAUCAGGCAAUAUUUGGGCAGCACUUCGAAUUGCUCUAUCUAUGAUGGACCAACCAGAACUAUUUCAAGCUGCCAAUGUGGGUGAUCUAGAUAUUCUGUUAAGAGCUUUUAAUCUAGAGCCAUAAUAAAAAGUAUCCACAAAUCGAUUAUAUUGUAUUAGGAAACAGAGAACUCUUUUAUAUCUCAUCUCAACAAGACCACAUUUUUCAAAAAAUCAUGGCUGUGGAUCAAUAAGGAAGUUCCCUUGGACAUUACUUAAAAAGGAAAAGUUCAAAAGCACAAAAUAUUGUACAUAAAUUCAAACUCAAAGGAUUGAAAUGAGCUGUGGCUAAUCUGACAAAGCCCUGAAUUAUAUGAAGUAGCCAUUUCUAAAGGAACUUCAUCCCAUGCAAGAUCUCUCUCUCAAUAUAUACACAGCUAUACAAAGAAAAAUAUAUUAAAAACAAAGCUAGAUAAUCAUUGUUGCACAGCAGAAUGGAAGCAAUGCAUCCAAGGAACCUGCUUACUAGCUCAUCGCACUAUGCUGACAUCACUUUGCCCUACAACGUGGAUUCCCUAUCCUUUGGCUUCUUUGUUGAAAAGUCCUCUCAAGGUCCAUUUUUAACAUAGCUCUGAGAACAGAUGCAUGUAAAAUUGAUGUAUUUUGGUUGAAUAUAUUUAUUAGCUGGCAAUCAAGAAAAUUUUUGCUUCCAAAUGUAACUUCGAUUAAUUUGGGCCCAAUCCUGCAGGCUCAUAGAGUUGCAAACCAUGUGCAACAUUAAGAGAAACAUCAUACAUGGAAGUGUAUGGGAUUAGGCCAUGUACAUAUGGGAAGGCCAAGUGCUGCCAGCAGAAGCAGUAAUUUGCACUAGAAUUGUUGCUAUUCAAACCAGCUAUCCCUGAUCUUGCACAGAGCACGUCUGCUUCAAAGGGGUUCAUAGCAGGAUCUGCAACUAUGUACUUAUGCACUUUAAUUUUUCUUUUUGUAAGAUAGUGCUACGCUUUUAGUUACUAACAACAGAAUGUACAGGAUAGCCUUGUUGGCAUAGAGGACCAAAUAUAAUUUCCUGAAAUGUGAUGAGAAGGUUUUCAAUAUUCUUCUGUUUAAAAAAUGCAAAUACAGUAUAAACUGCAAUAUCCAUUAGAAAGAUCAUUCUAUUAUCAUCAGGUACUGCACACAUACAUGCAUGUGCAUGCACAUACAUGUUGUAGGUGAACGAUGACAUUUCAGAACAUAUUAAGCCACAGAUCUUUAUUGUAAAUAAAGAAGAAUCUUCAUAGGACUGCAGACCAUGCUCAAGGGAAAAUUUUCCCUGAAAAAGUUGGUCUGUAUGCUUGUAGGACUGAGACUAAGAUUUGAUCCUGCUAUUAUAGCAAGUAGUAGCAAAGGACUCAGUGGUCUCCAUGAUAGCAGACUAAAUCCUUCGAUAACAUCAGUAUUCGUAGCUGCCUAA